UGUUUCUAAAAUUAUAUUUUGGCUAUUUUAAUUUAUUGUAGUGUGAAAAGGGCUUCUUUAAUGGCUUUACUAAGCGGAGUAACCUUUAGUACUUCAAAUCAGUAUAAUUAUGACAUAAGCCGAUAUAUACUCGUAAAAUACCUUGAAAAUAUCUUAAAUUAGUUUUUAUGUGCUAUGUAAAGCUGUCUAGACAUUGUAAUAGCAGAAAGACAUGAUUUGGAUUGCUCCAAAAGAUUCACAGGUCAUUAUUAAAGUUCUACCGUAUAAAAUAAAGGUUCAACAUUAUGACUUUUGGAGUAAUCCUUCCUUAUUUAUCAUCAAGAUGAGUAAAAUGUUUUAAUAUGUUCGAGGACAAAAGAGAGAGUUUAAGUUUUCCUUGAUUACAACUGUGUAUGGCUUAAACUGUCUAUUUAUAUUUUAUAAAAAAUAUUUUCAGAUUUCUUUCAAAAAUACGUAAGUCUGUAAAGCAGAUCGCGAUUAAUAAUUAUUUAUAAUUUAUUAUUUGAACCAACCUUUUUUCGAGUGUAUUAAAAUUUUGUUAAAUUAAUACAGCCACAGUUUGCUCUAGCCAUUAAUUUCUCUUUUAUAUAUCCACAUUGCUCUUGUGCGGUUCUUUCUCUGUGUUCCUCCAUAUAUGUUCCCUUAAAAGGAUCGAAUAUGCGCGGAAUGAGUGUAUCGAGUUGAAAAACGAGUUACCACCAUUGUCGUGGUCAAUACUACAUAAUGGAUACUGGUUUUAUUUGAGUAUUUGUAGAUAUGUAGCGAUUCGUGGAAGAAGAAACUUGUUGUCCUCGCCAGCUUUUUUUAUGUUGGUACUAACGAGUCGCUUAAGCCACAGUGGGGCAAUAUGACAAAGAUUAGUAAAAAACAAACUUUAAAUAAAAUAAAAUAAGAAUCAAUUAAUAAUAAAAAUAAAAAUAUAUAUCUCCUUUUUUUGUUAAUUAAUACAAUUUACAAAAAAACUAUUAUUUUUAUUUCAUAACAACCUCUCUCUAAAAUUCUUCUCAGUUCCGAUUAAACUACAAUAUGUUAUUAUUACUGUUUUCGGGUUUUGGCGGUUGUAACUUUCGAGUGUUAGAAAAGAACUCUAUUCGGCUAUAGUAACGAAGAGAAAGUUGUGUUGUCUUCUGGUACGGAGAUAGGGAGGUCUUUUAUGUCUGUUGAUUACGUUUAAUUUUGGAUUUAGUACCAGCCCAUAUUUGGUUCACUCGUAAUCACUGUCGUUUAAAAUCUUGAAUGGCUAGGCGCACACACACACUCACAUGCCGACAUAAUUGGUCCACGAUGCCGGUUACUCGCAAAACCUUUGAUACCUACGAUUGCAUUUAUGUACAUACAUAUGUAUAUAUGUGCAUAUGCCUGUACUAGGUAGAUAGAUACACACAAUCACCGCCUAAGCUUGCACAGUAGGCGGCCGCCAACGAACUUCUGAGCUGCUGCCUGCUCCUGCCCAUAACUAGCAUGGGUUGUUCGGGGAGAGUAUUUGCGAAGUCGGUGUGUUCCAGCGUAUGCGCGAACUCACUAAAGGCUCUCCGGUUUCAGCUUACGCUCUCAUUUCUCAAUAUUCAGGCUCCAACACAGCUAACUCCUGGGACUAAUGCCUGUAUGUCUUGCAAAAACAGAAAAUAAUUUUCACUGCUGAGUGCAUUUGUCAGCUGCUUGACUCUUUUUGUUGUUUUUGCUGUUUCAUCUUAUUGUUGUUGUUUUACUUUUCCUUGCGAAUAUCCACUUCAAGCUGGGAUACCUACUCUACGCUGUACGAGCAACUAAGUCAGUUUCAGUUCAACGGAGUGCACUCGCACAAUUCGGUACAAGUUGCGGUUUGUGCAGCAGAAAAUUAUUAACGAAAAUACCCAAAAUGACCACACAUACAUACAUACACGUACAGUAUACCGAGAGUCAUACCAUUUACUCCAACUGCCUUGACAGACUGACUAAAGUGUUGGCCGAAAAAAUGUGAAGCGAUGUGAGGGAAAGAUGUGUAAGCUACAAUAUUAAAGCGUGUAACGGUGAAAUUCACGUAAAAUAAAAUAAAGUGUUAAAAAACAACAACAACCUACACGCAUCCAGCUUUAAUGCUGCGUAUCUGCAGUAGGCGAAAAAAGUUUCGUUGAAAAAUCAAUGCAAAUCAAAUUUCAUACUCGUAUAUUAAAUUGUGCAUGCGAAUAAGUGUAAGAAACAUAAAUGGUAGUGAAAAAAAAUAAUGAUUAAGCAAAGCAGAGGAAAAGUUUAAGUAAAAAAUUGAAGUUUGUGAAAGUUAAAAGCAGCACAUAGUACAUGUACCUUUAAAAUUACAUUUUAUGUGUAGAUCCACAAUAUAACAACAACAAAAUUACAUAUCCAUAUAAUCAGUGAAACUGGCAAAAAAAAUCAGCAGUGAAAAUGAAUCCACUACAGUUAAAACGCGUACGCAUUAUAGCAUCCAGCUGGUUUCAGCCGUACGCCAUACGGUGUUGUUGUCAUUGCAAUGCAUCGGUCAUUGAAGCCGCACGCACAAGCUAAAAAGGUACCACCACCUGCGCUACCCGGAGAUCCCGCACCGCAACAACAGCAAAUACCAUUAUACCGUUUAGGUGGCAGUAUUUCGAGUGCAGCCGGCAAACAGCUGGAUGAUGGCAUCAUAAUGAGUAGCAUGGUAUCAUCGCCAUCUUUGGAGGAGGGCGGUUUCAAUUUGCCACGUGAGCCAUCGGUAGCAUUGCGUAUGAAAGAUGAAAUAAGCGAAUACGCUACAGUCAUGUCCACAUCAGGCACAUCACAAUCGUCGGGCUCCUCUGCCGGCACUGCCGCAGCUGGCAAACAACAAGCAGCUAAUCAAGUAGCCACUGGUGGCGCAACACUUUUAUCCACCGCAACUAAUCCGCUGCUCAGCGGUUGUCCACCCACAAUAGUGCCAUGUCCACCGCCCGUGUUUUGCGCCACACUUCGUGAACCACUCACACACAAAGCGGCCGUUUACUAUCAUCAACAAUUGGCGCUGCAAGAGGAUCAGGGUAUCGAUUUGACACAAUCGCCAGGUCGCGAUUCGCCCGGUUCGUCGUCGGGCUCAGCUGGUUCUGGUUCGCGACACUCUACAGCUAGUUUAGAUUCGGGUCGUGCCUCAUCGUAUUUGACUGGUGUGUCGGGUGCAUCGAUACGUGGUAGUGCGGGCGGUGCACUCUCAUCGCCACGUUGCAGCUCGGUGAGUUCAUGUUCGAUUGGUAGUGUCGAUCGGCAACGUAACGAUGAACUUAUCAUCGAUUGGCUAAUGGAGAUGAAGUAUGAGGAGUAUGCACAAUUGUUUAUAGCGGCCGGUUACGAUUUGCCGACCAUUGCACGUAUGACCCCCGAAGAUUUGACGGCGAUCGGCAUAAAAAAUCCACACCAUCGUGAGCGCAUAAAACAACGUAUCGAUAAGUUGCAAGUAUUGGAUAACUUGCCACAUUUCGUGCCGGGCUCCAUUGAAGAAUGGUUACAACUGUUACGUCUCGAGGAAUACAUUCAACCAUUACUUGAUCAAAACUAUAAAACUGUACGCGACGUCACGCAAGUCACUUGGGAAGACUUGGAAGACAUUGGUAUUGUUAAAUUGGGACAUCAAAAGAAGAUUCUCUUAGCCAUUAAGCGUGUAAAAGAUAUCAUAAGCGGAAAGUGGAAUCCGGGCGGUAUUAAUGCUUACCAACAGCAGGAUUAUCGCAAUAAGAUUUGGCCCAGUGCCGUGCCAAUGCCCACUACACCGACCUAUUUGCCAACUACGCGCGUUUCGUGGGACGAUUCCAAGAUUUAUGCUACGCCCGGCGUCGACGCCGUCUACUUUUGCAACGGUGCCCAUCAUGAGUGCUGCAAUGGCAACGACGUGGUGCCCAUUAAGGUGCGCCAGCCACGGGGCAAAAGCUUAGAAUCACUCGAGGAUAUACACGACAAUAGCACACGCAGCCAUUUGACCUUUAGCCAUUACACGGCCACUGAUUAUGGCCACUUUGCGCAUCCAACGCCUGCUAUGCAACAACAACACCAUCAGCAAGCCUUGCAACACCAGCAGCAACAGCAAGCUAUGCAACAGCAUCAUCAGGCAGCCAUGAUGGGCGGCACUGUUGUAGGCGGACCAGGUGGUGCUGGCGGUGCACGUUUGCUUAGCAAUCAGGCAGCUAUGUCUUGGCGCCGUUCCUAUGAUGAUGGUGACAUUACACCCACCAAUGACGCUGCACGUGAACUCAUGUACGAGGAGGGCGGCGGUACACUACCGCGUCAGCAGCGUGGCAUUUUGCAGCGCGCCGUAUUGAACAGCAUGCCACCACUCGAACAUCACUAUAUGAACGCAGCUGCCGCAGCGGAAUAUGUCUGCCAUGCAGGUGGAUUGGGUGGCGUUGGCGUGCCAGGUGCGACUGCGCAUGUGGGCGCUACAGGCCCAACUGGUUGUGUGCUGGACAGCGCCGGUCUGAAUACACCCUACUUGACCGGCAGUCCAAUGAGUAAUAAGAAAAUCGCACCGGAACCACCGCGACGUCAUUGUAGUAUACGAAAUUCACGUACUUUGAGUGCAGAUAGCGCGCAACAACAGCAACAAUUGCAACAACAACAACAGAUGGGAUUGCAUGUCGGCGCAGCAGUUACGCCCGGCCUCUACUAUGGCGGCGCUGGCGCUUUACAUCAUGGUGGCAUGUACAUGACGCAUGCGCAACAACAAGCCGCAGCAGCGGCGGCAACUGCUAAUCAGCCGAUCUAUGCGAAUUAUGCAACCAUACAACAGACCACGGCGGAAAUACACUGCGAGAAAUUCCAUGACAAUAAGUCAAAUUCCAGCAUCGAUUCUAUUGACACCAUACCGUUCGCUAACGAGAACACUGGCACCAUCAAACAGCGCUUACUAAACCGCCAAGACAUUGGUGGGCCACAACAGCCGCUACAAUCGGGCAACACACCACAUCUGCACUCCUCCUCGUCGUCGUCCUCGUCUUCGUCGACCAACACCAUCGCCAAUAUAGCGCACUCUUUUCACUCGCUUAAGACAUCUGCCUCGUUGCAUGACGCUUCGCUGAUACGCAGCGACAGCAUCGGCAGCACCACAAGCGGCGGCAGCGCUGGCGCCAGUACCGGCGGUGGCGGCAGCAAUAGCCUAUUGCUCUUACGUUCUCCCACCCUACAAUAUCCACCGACCGAUGUUACGAAUGCCGUCGGCGGCUCAUCGACGACUAUCACCACUACCGUGGACUUGCAUACACCCAGCGACGCUGAGGCUAAUACGGAUGCAGCUGGCGAUGGCGCGCCCUUAACUGGCAGUGAGGGUGCAGAUGGUUCAGGUGGCACCGCUGGCGCCGGCUCGACCACAAUUCAAACACCGGGUCAAAAGGUGUCAGUCAAUGUGCUCAAUGACAUUGGUAAUAUGUUGGCCAAUUUGACGGACGAACUCGAUGCCAUGCUGGAGGAGGAAAAGCGUAUUGGCCUAAAUAUUGAUAGUGAAUAAGCACAUAUUGUGGAGCAUACUGCUCAAGGGCGUACAUAGGUACAUAGUUAUAUACAUAUAUGCACAUGUAUGUGUUUUGCAAGUUGGGACUUUAAAAAUUAAUGGGUCUUACAUAAAAUGUUAGUGAAAUAUGCGCGUGCGCACACUUGAGAUUCAAAGCAAAAGGCAUUUCAUUCAUGAAUUUCGCUUCGGUUCUUUUCGGCCUCUAGCGCUCAAAGUUAUUUAUUAAAAUGUGGCGUACAUAGAUGAGUAGAAUACAUAUUACAAAUAUUAUCCUACUGAAAUAUAAUAUCCGUGUAGCAAAGGCUUCUCAUAAAGCGUUGUACCGGUAAUUUUUCAGAGGCUUUUUUUAUAUUUUAUUCACAGUCUGAAGUUCACUUCGAUCUUUCUUCUAAAUAUAUUCAAGCAAUACAAUGAUGACACCUUCCCACUCAAGUACUUUGUGAAGUAUUGUUAUUUUAUGAACGUAACCGACCAUCGGAUAAAUUUAUAUACAGUAAACAAACACUCGUUAAGACUUUUUAAUUUAUGUUAUCUAAUUCUAUCUGAAAUAUUUAUGUAUAAAAAUAUUUAUGAUUGAAUUUAUUUUGUGUUGGUUAGGGCAACGCUCGAAUAAUUAAAACAGCUUAGGAUAUCGUCGAACAACUUAUUUUCAAACGUGCCUCAAAUUUGUAAUUUUGAGUUUUAAAAUAAGUCACCGGAAUAAUUGAAUCAGUGUCGGAUAACUUCGGAUAAUUAAAAAAAAAAAACUUCGAAUAUAUGUAUAUUAAAUAGUUUUAUAUAUUUUUUUAAUUAUUUUUGUUGCCCGGAUAAUAAAAUAAUCUACGGACUACGCCGGAUAACUAUUUUAAGCGCAUUUUCGGCCUUAUAUGCAUAUUUUGAAGUUAAACAUUUUUUUAAAAUUCAAUCAGCAAUGAAUGUCUUUGCAUUGAAGCUCUCCUUCUCGUACACGCAUACCUUUGUAUGUAGUUUAGUUGCGUCUAACACUUGAGUGUCUUAGUUGUUAGUUUUGUUUUAAUAUUAUAACUAAAGUGUGUAGUAUAGAUCAUUUCCUCAUAAAUGAACUUAUAUGUAUGUAUGAGUAAUUGUU